AUGUCCACCAGUCCGUUCACUACGUUGUACUUCUCUGACUUGGACCUGCCCAGAGACAGGCAUACUCCCACGAGUUGCUGGGGUGAGGUGGAGGCCUGGAGACCGCUAGAACAGAGUACUCUGCGGAGGAACUGUCCCACGCUGAUAACUCCUGGUGACUCUCUGAGAUCAAAUUAUCUGGAGAAUAAGAUAGAGAAACUGAACGAUCUGCCUUCAGGAUCCGUCAAACUUUCCUAUUCUAAAAAGAUAAACAGCUACGAUGAAAUAUUGGAGCAACAACGGGCGAGUUUGGGACUCCAAAUAGACGACCUGUCAACUGAGAUACUGGACAACGCUAGGAACACUAACGAUGUGUCUCAGUCUCUGUCCGUUGGAGACUCGGAUGCCCGCACUUCACGGCUGGAGAACCUGGGCAGCGCUCGGCAGUACAUAGCUGACAAAAUACAACUCCUUAACAAGGAACGAUUGAAGAAAUGCCGCAGCUGGAGUCUGAAUCAUGAUGUGGACAUCACUGGUGUACGCGGGGUUCAAAAUUCGAGUAAAUCUUGUUUUGAAAUGAAGUGAGAUGUUCAUUAUCAUGAUUAUGAGUUGCCUCGCGAAUCCUUGAUACUUAAAAUAGUUUCUUAGUUAUUGCAACAGAAAUAAGACC